AUGGUCAAGUCAUACUUGAAAUUCGAGCCAUCAAAGACUUUUGGACUCAUUGCUUCUGCGUCGUCAAAUGCUGUCUGGACGCCCGACGAAUAUGUCUCCGCCGAAACUCGCCAGACAAGCGCAGGACGAGCAGUCGUUGGCGCAGGAGAGGAAGUCAUCUGCUGGGAUGUAAAAAAGGGUGAACUGCUUAGCAAAUGGCGGGAUAUCGAUUGCAGCGCACAAGUUACGGUUAUUUCACAAAGCAAGACGGAUGAGGAUAUUUUUGCGGUUGGGUAUGAGGAUGGCACAAUCAGAAUAUGGGACUCGAGACUGGCGACGGUUCUGAUUUCUUUCAAUGGCCAUAAAACUGCCGUUACUCAACUAGCAUUUGACGGUUCAGGAGUGCGACUGGCCAGUGGUUCCAAGGACACAGAUAUUAUAGUAUGGGAUCUAAUCGCUGAGGUUGGGAUUGUAAAACUACGCGGACACACAGAUCAAAUAACAUCCAUCAAUUUUUUGACCGGAUCGAGCCCCGUUGACGGUGACGGUGAUUCCGUAAUACCAGGCAGCAAUAACCAGGACCGCUUCCUCUUGAGUACGGGGAAAGAUUCUUUGAUCAAAAUCUGGGAUCUUCUGUCUCAACACUGUAUCGAAACGCAUGUCGCUCAGAGCAAUGGAGAAUGUUGGUCUCUUGGACUCUCACCUGACCAGAGUGGAUGUAUUACUGGGGGUAACGAUGGUGAACUUCGAGUGUGGUCCAUCGAUGCAAAUGCCAUGGACGCAGUAGCGAAAGAAACUGGGGCAACGGAUGGGCGCAAAGUACUUGUGGACAGAGGCAAUUUGUAUCGACAGGGCAAGGACAGAACGAUUGGCAUCCACUUCCACCCGCGGUUAGAUUACAUUGCGGUCCAUGGAGCUGAGAAAUCGAUAGAGAUCUGGCGUAUACGUACAGAGGCAGAGGUGCAGAAGAGUCUAGUAAGGAAGCGAAAACGGAGAAGGGAAAAGGCUGGAGAGCAAGGCGGUGAGAACGAGUUGGAGAAUGGUGCGGAUGUUGAUAAAUCAGACCCUAUUUCCUCAGCUCCAAUAUCUGAGGUGUUCGUGUCCCAUACUAUUGUCAGAACGGGCGGGAAGAUUCGCUCCGUGGACUGGAUGGGCGGGAAGGGUCUUAAGUUACUUGCUGCAACAACGAACAACCAAUUGGAGGUGUACCGUGUGACUGCUGCUGAAAAACGGAAAACGAAAGACAGCGAUGAGACCGAGUACAGUCGCACAUUUUCCGUGGAUAUGCCUGGCCACCGUACGGAUAUUCGAUCGCUUGCAUUGAGCUCUGACGAUAGGAUGCUGUCAUCUGCUUCAAAUGGAACUUUGAAAAUUUGGAACGUCCGGACGCAAACCUGCCUGCGAACUCUGGAAUGCGGCUACUCCUUGUGUUCUGCCUUUCUUCCCGGAGACAAAAUAGUGGUGGUGGGGAAUAAAAACGGGGACCUUGAAAUGUUCGACAUCGCCUCUUCUACGUUAUUGGAUACGAUACAGGCACACGAGGGCCCGAUAUGGGCGCUACAUGUUCACCCAGAUGGAAAAUCUAUUGUUACUGGAAGUGCAGAUAAGACCGCUAAAUUCUGGGAUUUCAAGGUUGUGCAAGAGGAGAUCCUUGGCACGAAACGGACGACUCCUCGACUAAAGCUGGUUCACACGAGGACACUUAAAGUAAACGACGAUAUCCUCAGUAUUCGGUUCUCUCCCGACGCGCGACUCAUUGCAGUUGCCCUUUUGGAUAAUACCGUCAAAGUUUUUUUCGUCGAUACCUUGAAGCUUUUCCUGAUAUUGUACGGCCAUAAACUUCCCGUCCUUAACAUGGAUAUUUCAUACGACAGCAAGUUAAUCGUCACCUGUUCUGCGGAUAAGAAUGUGCGACUCUGGGGCUUAGAUUUCGGCGAUUGCCACAAGGCGUUCUUCGCACAUCAAGACAGCAUCAUGGCUGUAGCCUUCAUACCCAACAAUAAUGAAGGCAACGGCCAUCACUUCUUCAGCGCUAGCAAGGAUCAUGUAAUAAAGUAUUGGGACGGCGAUAAAUUUGAGCAGAUCCAAAAGCUUGAAGGGCAUCAUGGCGAAAUAUGGUCUCUAGCCGUUAGCCGCUCUGGAGAAUUCGUCGUUAGUGCAAGCCAUGAUAAAAGUAUACGUAUAUGGGAGCAAACCGAUGAGCAAAUAUUCCUGGAAGAAGAACGGGAGAAAGAACUGGAAGAGCUCUAUGACAGCACACUGGCAACGUCACUUGAUAGAGACGACGAGGAUGCAGAAGGGGAGCAUAAAGCCGAGGCAGUUGCAGCUGGCAAGCAGACUGUUACGACUCUCAUUGCGGGUGAGAAAAUCGUGGAGGCCCUCGAUCUAGGCAUGGAGGACAUCGAAUCAUUGCGGGAAUGGAAUGAGCUGAAACUAACAAAUCCCAAAGCCGCACCACCGCCUCGCAACCCGGUAUAUUUAGCUCUUGGUAACAUCUCUGCUGAACGCCAUGUGCUCAGAGUCAUACAAAAGAUUCCAGCAGCCGCACUCCAAGAUGCCCUCCUCGUCCUCCCCUUUUCAAAACUCCCCUCUCUGUUCACAUUCAUAAAUAUCUGGGCAAAGAACGGGUGGGAGAUCCCACUUACCUGUCGCGUCCUGUUUUUCAUGCUCAAGACGCAUCAUCGCCAGAUUGUCGCGAGCAAAAUGAUGAGGCCCAUGCUUGAUGGUAUUCGGGGGAAUCUUCGUCGUGUCCUUACCAAGCAGAAAGAUGAGAUGGGAUUUAACAUCGCUGCGCUCAAGUUUAUAGGCAACCAGGUCCGGCAGCGGGGGCGGUCGGACUACGUUGAUGAGGAGUUGUGGGAGAAGGAAGAAGAGCGGGAGAAAGGAGGGAGUAAAAAACGGUAUUUCGUCAACGUUUCCUAA